UAGAACACACGAAGGACGAUGGAUGGUCGAAUCGGUUUUUUAGGGUUGAAAGCUAUUGAAUAACUGUCUCUCCAAGGUUUUCCCUUCGUUAAUCAGAUAAAGGCGAAGCCCCGGCUAAUGGUAAAGUAUUUAAUCGCGACUUCCAAGUUACGAGCGUGGACUUUAUUGAAAACUGGAUUGCAAGAGGAGCAGUGCAUAAAACGACUGGACCUGCGGGGAUGCUGGAUCAAUAAGGUGUCCCCUCCCAACCCCCCAGACGUUCACAUGUCACUCCCGAUACAAACAUUCCCUGUGUAAAAGUACGAUCUAUCAAUUCUUUCUUUUUAAUAUUACCCAUUGAAAGACAGAUUUUAUAUUAACGCGAAUGCGACGAUAUGUGAAUAAACGUUGAAGAAUGUGCAACUCUUGUGAUUAAACAUUUUAAUCUAGGAUGUAAAAGCUCACUACUCAUCAGUUUCUGACAGUAAGCCAAUAUUAAAACAAGAGACGGUGUAAAAUGAAAGGUAGCAGGUGGAGAGGUAUAGUCUACUGUUUUCUAUGGUAUUUCAGCAUACUGAGCGGCUUUCUCAUACUAUGCUGUCCUCUGCUGCCAUUAAUGUUUUUCAAUCAAAAAGCAUACCGGCAAGCCAUGGAGUUGAUAUUUGCAACAUGGGAACUCUACCCUGUGGCGUUGAUGGAAAUAUUGUUUGGAACGGAAUUCGUUAUAAAUGGGGAUGCUAUUCUUCCUUGGGAUAGAUCUGUACUGGUCAUGAAUCACAGGACAAGGUUAGAUUGGAACUUUCUCUGGGCGGCUUUACACUACGGAACAGUGAUUCCAGCUCACAGGCUCAAAUUUGUUUUAAAAUCGCCUAUAAGACAUGCUCCAGGCCCAGGCUGGGUCAUGCAAAUGGCUGGUUUUUUCUUCAUCCACCGAAAAUGGGAAACAGACCAGAAAUUAUUAUCGAGUAUGAUAGAGUACCUGCAAGAAUUAGAACAUACCUAUCAGAUUUUAAUAUUUCCCGAAGGGACAAAUCUGACGGAAAACAGCACACAACGGAGUAACGAAUAUGCUGAUAAAUACCAUUUGCCACACUAUAAGCAAGUGUUACAUCCUAAAACGACAGGAUUUACAUAUCUUGUGCAAAAAAUGAGUUCAGUUAAUCAGUUGGAUGCUGUUUAUGAUUUGAGUGUUGCAUACCCAGGAACUCUACCUGAGACAGAAUUUGAUGUCCUUAGAGGAUAUUUUCCAGAGCAAGUUCACUUUAAUAUCAGAAGGUAUCCAAUUGACCAACUGCCUGUAGACGAUGAAGAACUAAAACACUGGUUAAGCAACAUUUGGAAAGACAAAGAGGACACCCUGAUACAAUUUUACGAGUCUGGGAAAUUCGAUUCCUACCGUAAAAUCAAUUUGUGGCCGAGGCCUUUGAGCAAUUCGCUCCAUCUGUCCGUAUUCUUUUGGUCGGCAAUUAUAUUCGGCACGUUUUCCGCAUUCCUUCUGUCGACUUGGUUUCAAAUAUAUACUGUCGGCGUAUGUUGUUUGUUCAUAUUAUUGUCGUUUCUGGGCGAAGGUAUGUACCACAUUGAAAUCGCCUGGUUCAAACUGAAGCAUUUUCAAUAUGUUAGAAACAAAACCAAAUAGGCGAUUUUCAAAAUUCAUUUCAGAUGACAAUCAUAAACGUAACUUAAAAUUGGUCAUUGAAAAGUUUGGACCAAAAGUUUAAUUAUUUUCUGUUCAAACGGUCUCAUACUGAAAAAACAAACUAGUGCCAAUUAAAACUAGUAGUAGCAUAGUAUAGUAAAAAUGUGAAAUGUUAGUGAGAAUUAAAGUUGUUACCUGUGAUUUUUAUUAGGAUGAUUGUGUAGUUAUGGAUUAAUUUCAAUGCUCCAACCAAUAGAACAACCCAAAAUAGAAGUUCUUACAAAAUAAAUUAUAAAUAGCUAAAAAACGUUUC